GGGACAGGGCCUCAGGCCCUGCGGUCAGUCCGUCGGUACCGGAGCAGGAGCAAGUGUGCUCCGCACAGCGCGGCAGGCGAGGGCUGCGCGGCCCGGGCUAGAGGGUGGCUCGUUAGGAGGAAGGCUCCGGCGUGUGCGGCGACCGGGGCUCCCUCCUCCCGCAGCCCCAGGCCGCUGGGCUUGUGGCCGCCCCCGGCGGGAGCGGGGCUGAGCGAGGUUAUUUUUAGCGCAUUUCGUGUUGCCCGUUCACGCUGUGCCUCACAAGACGGUCUCCCUGCGGGAUGUUGCUGUAGCGGCUCCCAGCAGGGCCUGUCAGCCAAGCGCUCCGCGCCGCAAAGACCGGCCGGCGGCUGCCGCGAGGGGCGGGACGCGCGCGCUGGUGGCGCUUCCCGCCGCGCGGUCCCGGCGGCCCGUCAGGCAGGCUGCGGCGGCAGCGACCGCAGCUGCGCCGGUUUUCGGUGUGGGGUCUGCAGGGGAGAGCCGAUCGCCUCGAGUGGGAGCCUGUGGCUCCGCAGAGAGAAAUGCUUCAGUGAAACUGUCAGCAAUUCAGCCUCCUGCCAGUGCAGAAGCAGCCAGUGCCUGUGCCUGCAUCCCUUUCUAUGCUAGCUGAAGAAGAAUGGUCUUCCCAAAAGUGCCAGGGAAGGAAUGUCAGAGGCUGAUGUUUCUUUUCACUUAACGGAACAGUGUGUCAGUGAAACCAAGGCCCUCUGCCUGGAUAUGAGAUACUGAGGGGAAAAAGAGCAUCACACUUGGCUGCUCACCUUGCCCGUUUGACUGUACAUAAUGGAGACCAAGGAAGAAAAGAAGGAACGAAGACAAGGCUAUUUUGCUCGUUUGAAAAAGAAAAGGCAAGCCAAACAAAACUCCGAGGCUGUCUCUGCCAAUUCCCCUGGAUCUCCUGUUUCCAAAACUCCUUCUGAGAAAGAUGAUGACAGUAAAGUUAUUUUGGAGCAAAUCAGUUCCUCUGAAGACAACUGUAAAUUUGCUGGGGAAAAGGAAACUGCUGCAGACAAAGAAAAGAAAAAGAAAAAAUACAACCAACUGAAAGACAUCAGACGCACAGAACUUAAAAGAUACUAUAGUACCGAUGACAAUCAAAACAAAACCAAUGAAAAGAAAGAGAAAAAAAUGGUUUCUCAGAAACCCCAUGGUACCAUAGAAUAUACUGCUGGAAAUCAGGACACCAUAAACAGCAUAGCAUUAAAGUUUAACAUCACCCCAAACAAGCUUGUGGAGCUCAAUAAGCUUUUCACGCAGACAAUUGUGCCAGGCCAGAUUCUCUUUGUGCCAGAAACGAGUGCUGCGAGACUGUCGUCUUUCAGUCCUGGUGCUCCCAUUUCUCCAUCAUCAUCAGAUGCCGAAUAUGAUAAACUCCCUGAUGCUGAUUUGGCAAGAAAGGCCUUCAAACCAGUUGAGAGAGUGCUGUCCUCUACUUCAGAAGAGGAUGAGCCUGUGGUUGUCAAAUUUUUAAAAAUGAAUUGCCGUUACUUCACAGAUGGUAAGGGUGUAGUUGGAGGAGUCAUGAUAGUAACUCCAAACAAUAUCAUGUUUGACCCACAUAAGUCUGAUCCUCUGGUAAUUGAGAAUGGCUGUGAAGAAUAUGGGCUCAUCUGCCCCAUGGAGGAGGUUGUCUCAAUAGCUCUCUACAAUGACAUCUCUCACAUGAAGAUUAAAGAUGCGUUGCCAUCUGACAUACCAAAGGAUCUUUGUCCUCUGUACAGGCCAGGAGAAUGGGAAGACCUAUCAUCUGAGAAAGAUAUCAAUCCUUUCAGCAAAUUCAAAUCCCUUAGCAAGGAAAAGAGGCAGCAGAAUGGGGAUCCAUCCAUUGCUUUUGGUGCCAAACAGAUAAAGCCUUCAGAUAAGGAAAAGUCUGCUGAUUUUGAAGUUCUUCAGUCAUCUGAGAGUACAGGCUCAAUCAAAUCAAAGUCACUGGAGUUUUCCAACAACAUCACUGCCACUGAAUGUUUGGAAAAGUUUGCUGUGGAUCCAUGUGCCAAGGAGCCUUCUGGGGAAAAAAAUGCUUCAGAUAUCAAAACCAAAGAAAAAUCCCUUUUGGGAGAAGGAGAGAAUGACUUCAUUAAGGUGGAAAAGAUGUCAUCUCGUAUGGAUAGAGGGUUGGACAGGAAAAUCUCAGUAAUGGAAGGCUUGCUGGCUGACCCCAGGGAGUUGGGGAGAACUAAGCAGCAGGUAACCAAACCCACUACAGAAGCCCAGGAGCACUUGACAGUUGAUUCCUUGGAAAAAAAGGACAGUGUUGAACCUAAAGCUGACUUAGACUUAGAGCUGUGUGAAAAGCAAGAUGUUAUUCCAGAAGUAAACAAAUGUGUCAGUUCCCCAACAGGUAAGGUGGAGACUGCAUUGGACACUAAGAAAGAGCUAGAGAAAGAUAAACUUAUUGAAUUUUACCUCAAUAAAGAUGGGAAUGGGUCUCAGUCAUCUGAAGACUUACACAAGGCUGAAAUCCAGAAAGGUGAAAACAAUAAAGCAGUUGGCAUAGACCUUACGCUUAGCUUUUCAAAGUCCCAAGCUAAGGAAGUCCAUACAGUUAAAAGUAUGGAGCUUGAUUCCUGCUGUGUUGAAAGGAAAGCACCUUCAUUAGAACUCAGCUCAGCAGCAGCAGAGGAAAAGAAUCUGAAAGAGUCUGUGGACUCUUCGUUAGUACCAGCUAUAGACAAGACCUGUCAAGAAACGCAGUUAGACAAUCAAUCAGAAAUCAGACUGUGGCUGCUGCAGAAAAUUCAAGUGCCAAUUGAAGAUAUGCUUCCUUCAAAAGAGGAGAAGAGCAAGACUCCUCCAAUGUUUCUGUGCAUUAAAGUAGGCAAACCCAUGAGAAAGUCCUUUGCAUCUCAGAGCACCACCAUGUCUCAACAGUACAGUAAAAAGAUAAAGCAACCAGAGUACUGGUUUGCUGUUCCUCGAGAAAGGGUGGAUCACUUGUACACGUUUUUUGUUCAGUGGUCACCAGAAGUAUAUGGGAAAGAUGCCAAAGAGCAAGGUUUUGUUGUGGUAGAAAAGGAGGAGCUUGACAUGAUAGACAACUUCUUCAGUGAGCCCACUACUAAAAGCUGGGAGAUCAUUACUGUAGAAGAAGCCAAACGACGAAAGAGCGUUUGCAGUUACUAUGAAGAUGAUGAUGAUGAUACUUUGCCUGUCUUAAAGCAUCACAGCGCUCUCCUGGAGAAUAUGCACAUAGAGCAGCUUGCCCGGCGCUUGCCCGCACGAGUGCAGGGAUAUCCGUGGCGGCUUGCGUACAGCACACUGGAGCAUGGGACUAGCCUGAAGACUCUGUACCGUAAAUCGGCAUCUCUCGACAGUCCAGUUCUCCUUGUCAUCAAGGAUAUGGACAACCAGAUAUUUGGAGCAUAUGCUACACAUCCCUUCAAGUUUAGUGACCAUUACUAUGGCACUGGUGAAACAUUCCUAUACACGUUCAGUCCAAAUUUCAAGGUAUUCAAGUGGAGUGGAGAGAACACAUAUUUCAUCAACGGAGACACCAGCUCUCUGGAGCUCGGAGGUGGAGGUGGCCGGUUUGGCUUAUGGUUAGAUGCAGAUUUGUACCAUGGGCGAAGCAACUCCUGCAGCACCUUCAAUAAUGACAUCUUAUCUAAGAAAGAAGAUUUCAUAAUACAAGAUGUAGAAGUAUGGACAUUUGAGUGAAAUACUGACUGCCUUAAGGACUGGAUCCGUUAGGCACUUAAAAGCUGACUAGAAGGUGCAGGCUGCCUCAAACGUUACACGCUUUUUCCUGAAGUUUGUACCAGAGCAUGACUACGCAAAAAAAAAAAAAAAAUCACCCCAACCAAGCAACCCAAGAAAAAACAGAGCUGGUUUUGAGAGGCAGUAAGACAGAACAGUAAGAGGUCAGUCUGAAGUGUUUUUUUACUUCCUCCUCCAACGCUCCUCCAUCAAAAAUAUGAGGCUUAUGAAAACAUUCAUGGUGUAUAAGUUGAAAACUUUUUCUGUAACUGUGAAAAAGAUCCUGUGGGAAAUCUGUAACUAUCUAGUACAUUCCAUGUGUAUUUAUGUUCAAUGUACAAAUGCCAACCAAAAAUAAAAGGUUACUUUACCAAAA